AUGUCGUCGGGCUUCGGAUUCAAGGGCCGCGAGGGCCGGUGCUACCAGUUCUGGAAGGACGUGGAGCAGUGCAGCAAGGACACAGAGUACUCUGGCCAGUGCGGCAAGCAGGUCGAGGACUACAUCGAGUGCCUGCACCACAGGAAGGAGUUGACGCGCAUGAACGUGGUCAUCACGCAGAAGGAGAAGGAGGAGGCUGCUGCUCGCAACGGCGGCGACCACGGACACGGCGGCGGGCAUUAA